AUGAAAGCUGUGCUGGGAUUGAUGGUGAUUCUACUGGGAGUGUCUCAUGCUCCUGUGUCCUCUGUCCUGCUGGUCUCUGAGUGUCUGUCCCAGGGAGAGAUGAGGGUGUCCUGCUUGUCUGAGGGAGGGGACAGUCCUCAGUAUAGCUGGGCUCUGGAUGGACGCACACUGACAGAUGCUGAGCUCCUUUCUGGAAAUAAUAAGAGUAACAACAUUAUUCUGAAACAGCACAUCUCAGGAUGUCUGGUCUGCUCAGUCAGGAACAACGUCAGUGAUGUCUCAGAAGAACAGAAGACCUGUCGUUUCAUUAACUGCACCUCAAUUAAUGGGACAGAGAUAUUAGGGUGGGUGCCUGUGAACAGUAACAGCCUGUGUAUUGAACCAACAACAGAACCUACACCAGUCACACCAACUGCAGUGGGCUUCAUUAACUGCACCUCAAUCAAUGGGACACAGAUAUUAGGGUGGGUGCAUGCAGACAGUAACAGCCUGUGUAUUGAACCAACAACUGAACCUACACCAGUCACACUAACUGCAGUGGGUACUUCCUGGUUCAUAUUUGGUUUGAAAGCUGCUGUGGUAAUUCUGUCAUUAAGUGGGAUUUGGAUCUGGUUCACUUGGAAGAAAAAAACAAUAUUGGAAGGCCCUGCUGUCCCAGAAAAGGUGGAAUCUCCAGAUAACUCUGUUUUAAUGAUUGAAAUGAGUCCUUGCUCCAACACCUAGUGUCACCUUUCACCUGCUGUACAUUUGUCACAUAUCCGUGUAGGUGUGGAAAUAAGGAUUAGAGUUUAUCCUUUCCUUUUCAUUCAUUCCACAGUUUUUUUCCACAAGAUAACAAGUGUGUAUAAAUUUUCCAUAAAUAGUGGUUCUUUCUGUAAUUUUAUAUUUAGGUCCUCUUAAAUAUAAUCAAAGUGGGAAAAACUCUCUGUCCUUCAUAGUUUUUAUUUUGUGUUUACAUUUCAUCUGUAGUGCUGAAGGACACAUUUGUGUACAGAUGUUUUCGCCAUUUGUUGUUUGUUGCUGCAUUUUAAAAUAAUCAACCAUGUAGCUGACAAUGUGAUGUUAGUGUGUGAAUAAAGUG